AUGCACAAGUGCUUACUUGUUCCCGACAUCCUAUCAAUUAUCUUUAAGCAUAUUCUCCCCGAGGACCCAGAUAGCGCGGAAGCACUGGAAGACGACUGGCAGAGAUCUCUGGCUGUACUUGCUAGGACGUGUCGAUUGUUCAGUGAUCCAGCAUUGGAUGUCCUUUGGGCUGACUUGCACGACGUUGAACCAAUACUCAGGUGUCUUCCUGAGGACAUAUGGUCUGGGACUGGUGAUAGUCUCUGCUUACGAAGACCCUUGUGUUCAAAAGACUUGACAAUCAUCCGGCAGUACACUCAUCGUGUCCGGAAAUUACAACGUGGACUCGAUUUUGAUUCAAUUACGUCAACAGCGCAUCAAGAUGUCUAUCGCGCAUUCACUUUUCUCCCAAUCAGUCCACCCUUGUUUCCCAAUCUUCAACAACUCACAGACUGUCGAUUGCAUACAAAUGAAGACAUUCCCUUUUUCCGUCGUCUUAUUGCAGGUCCCUCCAUUAAAACCGCAGUGUUGAAUGUGGAUGGCGCAAUCACUACUUUCGAUGCGUCGGACGUACUUUCACAGGCGGUUUGCCAGUGGAAUCAGCUAGAAGAAUUGACGUGUGACGCCCUGUUAAAUAAACAGGGCAUGUAUCAUCUUGCAGCCCUGGACUCCCUACGGUCUCUCAAUCUCGAUGCCAGUAACUGGCGGUUCGACAUGUAUAAAAAUUUUGAUUACCCAGACGACAAAUCGAUGUUUCCCCAUCUUCAAAACCUUAAACUGUGCUUCACCGCUAGAUCCUCUGGCGAUGCCUGCCCCAUCAUACUCCGUAUAUUCCGUUCGGUGCCAAAGCAAAUUCAUUUGGAGUUCUGUACUCCUGUCGGUUUCGAUUCUAUACAGGCAUCGCUUGCCAUCCUAGGUGACAAGUGCGGGGAGAAUCACUCACUGCAAAAGAUUACGGUCCUCUUUCGCCCCAGCGGAGAAGAGGACCAAUCUCUUGUUCUUGAAACUAUAAGGCCUAUCUUACGCUUUUCCUCAAUGACAGAUGUUAAUAUCGGCUUCUUCGUUUCGCUAUCAUUGGACGAUGGAGCAUUGCGAGACAUAGCAUUGGCAUGGCCCAACCUGCAAAGCUUGCAUUUGAACUGGGGUUAUGGCUCAGAUCCUGACAAUCACUCCAGAGUUAGCAUAGCGGGCCUCAUCGAGCUACUAGCACUUUGCCCGAAGCUCAUAUCAUUGGGCAUAGUUCUCGAUACCAGGAUAUUACCAGCUCCCACAGCUGAACGACCUGGAGGAGGCACGUACAAUCAAGCGAUCACAAGUUUACACCUUGGCGACUCUCAAAUCAGUGAUCCCAUUGCAGUCGCUAUGAUCUUUUCCGAUAUCUUGCCUCGUUUAAACACUAUCGUUGCCUCGAAAUAUCAUGCGAAGUGGCGUCAAGUUGUGGCUCAGUUAGCCAAUUUUUCGCUGAUCAAGAACGAAACUGGAGCUUAUCGCGAUCAUAUGUCUGAUGUCCAUUGCUUCGCAUAG